UCUUGCCAUAUGUAAAAUAUCCCUAAGUCAGUCACAUGCACAGAACAACAGAGAUAAAUGGUCACAUGUUAAUGUCUCCUUUAUUUACAAACACAUUUUUGUUUACAAUUUUUUCACAGUUCUGAACAUGGGCUCCGACGAGGGGCCACCGACCAACACCGGCCCUCUCUCAACCUUCAACAGUCUCUUCUCUUUCACCACCCCCGCUGUUAAAAAACUCCUCGGUUGGAAACAAGGCGAUGAAGAGGAGCUCUGGGCCGAGAAAGCCGUCGAAAGCCUCGUCAAAAAGCUCAAAACGCGAAAAGGGGCCCUCGAAGACCUCGAACGCGCAUUGUCUUCCCUGGACACCCAAAGCAAAUGCGUCACAAUUCCACGAAGCCUCGACGGUAGACUCCAAGUGUCACACCGCAAGGCCUACCCCCAUGUGAUUUACUGCCGAGUUUGGAGGUGGCCAGAUCUGCAAAGCCACCACGAACUCAAACCACUUGAACAAUGCAAAUUCCCGUUCUCGGCCAAACAAAAAGACAUUUGUAUUAAUCCUUAUCAUUAUAAAAGGGUGGAAAGUCAGGUUUUGCCACCGGUUUUGGUCCCGAGACAUAACGAUUUCGUCCCGGGCCACUCCUUAUUGCCCCAAAACAUCAAUUAUGAAACCAUUUCCCAGCCAGUGGUGUACCAAGAACAACCAUUUUGGGCCUCAGUGGCCUACUACGAGCUUAAUUCCCGCGUCGGCGAAGGCUUCCACUGCCACUCACCCUCCGUCAUCGUCGACGGUUUCACCAACCCCAGCAACAACACUAACCGGUUUUGUUUAGGCCAGUUGAGCAAUGUCAAUCGCAACUCCACGGUGGAAAACACGCGGAAACACAUUGGAAAAGGGCUGCAUUUGUACUACGUAAAUGGCGAAGUUUACGCUGAGUGUCUCUCUGACGCCCCCAUUUUCGUGCAAUCUCGCAACUGCAACCACCUUCACGGUUUCCAACCCUCGACGGUCUGUAAAAUACCAGCGGGUUGUUCAUUAAGGAUUUUUAACAACGCUGAAUUUGCUAAACUCCUCUCACAAUGUGUGAAUCAUGGUUUCGAGGCUGUUUAUGAACUUACGAAGAUGUGUACAAUUAGGAUGAGUUUUGUUAAGGGCUGGGGGGCGGAGUACCACAGACAGGAUGUGACAAGUACACCAUGCUGGAUCGAGGUGCAUCUGCAUGGCCCACUGCAGUGGUUGGAUAAGGUACUGACGCAGAUGGGGUCGCCUCUUAAUGCUAUCAGUUCGGUGUCAUAAGAAUUCACUCAGUCGGUGGGUAAUGUUGCCUUAAUUAUUAAUUUAAUAAUAAAACAAUGAUAAACAAAAUGUAUAUAGGUGUCCCAAAAGCAAACCAGUGAUAGAAAAUGUCAUUCUGAGAAAAAACAAUUUUUAAUCUUCAUUCGUUAGAGUUACAGCUUAGCAAAGAGUAACAAUGAAUUUUGCACAAGUUGGUUAUGAUAAAUUAAAAACAAUGACAUUUAUGAAACAAUUGCUUAGUUCCAAAAUGGUUCCAAGUCUCAUUUAAUUGAUACAUACUGUCAAUGAGAAAAAACUUUAAUUGGAAAAAAAUUAAAAGUUUAGUAAAGACUUAAUAACUACAAAAAUUGCUUAAAUUGUCUUCCAUUUCUUCAAUUGAAUGUUACUUGAAGCAAAGCAACUGCUUUAUAAUUGUCAUCGUUUUUAUUUUUGUUACGACUUUUACAAAAUUCAUUGUUACUCUUUCUAAGCUGUAACUCUUUAAUGAAUAAAGAUAGAAAAAAUUAUUUAAACUUUUUUUCUCAAAAAGACAUUUCCUAUCAAUGGUUAAUGUAUAGCGAUUAAUUUUUGAGACAUAAGACGUCAAAAGUUCGGAAACAUUUAUGCUGGUAAACAAAAAGUAUCGGAACCAAGAGUUAUUUAUAUUAACUAUUAAUAAAUACUAUCAUUUUUUGAGAAUUAAAUUUUUGGAACUUGGAAUUUUUGGGUAAGUAUAGUUUAUUCAGAUGUCACAAAAAAAUUGUGAUUGUACUAAAAUUUUCGUUGUUUUACGUUGACUACCAAAUAAAUUAGUAAUUUUCUAGUUCCAGUGUUGAUCAUUGCAACAUAAUAAUACAAAAGUAAAAAUUUUUGAGGAUUAGAAUCUAACAAUUUGCAAAUCUUUAGAAGAAUUAUCAUUGAUAACAACUGUGUUGUCAGUUUAAUUACGAGUAUAGAAAUUUUUUACAUAAUUCUAGUAAGGCGUUUCUACAAAUUUUAACUCUUUCGACCUGUACUUUAUGACGAUCUUGAAAGGCUGAAUAAAAAAUAAAACAAUGUGAAAUAUUUAUAAGUUUUGAAAAAGUAUGAAAAACCCAUUGACAGGCAAGAGUGGUUUCUAAAAUUGUGCCAUUUUUUAUUAUUGGAAUUUGUUGUAAUAGUAAUAUGUUUCCCGAGUUGAACACAACACAAAUUGUUACUUUUAGUAAAUAAUAUGUUCUUAUAAGUGAUAACAAAUAAUAAAGAUAAUGAAAUCUGAAAGUACCUGAGUACUCCCAGAAUUUGAAACAAUUCAAAUACCACGACAACUACAAACAUGAUUAAAAGUAUUAAUAAAUUACAUUGUAACUGUACUGUAAAAAACAUUUUUUUUAUAAGUAAUGGAUUAUAAAUAAAAAUUAGCAGUUUCAUCAAGAAUGAAUAUAACAAAAAUAUUAAGUGCAAUUUAUUAUAUUUUUGAAAAAAAUUUGUUAUUUUUAUUCUUAAAUAGUACUCAUAAAAUGGCCCAAAGAAGACUUACUCAUGUUACAAGUAAAGGUACAAGUCUCAUAAUCUAGUAAGUAAGUAAAUAUUUAUACACUCAUACUAUUCCAAGACUGUUUUGUAAUAUUCUAACAUCUAGUUAUUGUUUUAUAUGUUGCCAAUUUAGUUUUAAGAUAUCAACUGCAAAAUGGUUAAUUCUAGUAUUAAGUUGCAAUAUUUUUUUGUUAACUUCCAUAGUAUGUAUGUAAAUAAAAAUAUUUUUUAAAUUCGUUGAAAUAAAAUUCUUA